GCGGCGCGGCGCGUGGCGGCCGUUCCCUCCCAAGAUGGCGUCGCUGCUGCAGUCGGAGCGGGUGCUGUACCUGGUGCGCGGCGAGAAGGAGAUGCGGGCCCCGCUGUCGCAGCUCUACUUCUGCCGCUACUGCAGCGAGCUCCGCUCCCUGGAGUGCGUCUCGCACGAGGUGGAUUCCCACUACUGCCCCAGCUGCCUGGAAAACAUGCCAUCAGCUGAGGCCAAGCUGAAAAAGAAUCGGUGUGCUAACUGUUUUGACUGCCCCUGCUGCAUGCACACCCUUUCCACUCGGGCCACUAGCAUUCCUGCUCCGCUCCCCGAUGACCCAGCCAAAACUACCAUGAAGAAAGCAUAUUAUUUGGCCUGUGGGUUUUGCCGCUGGACUUCCCGGGAUGUGGGCAUGGCAGACAAGUCUGUUGCUAGUGGUGGCUGGCAGGAACCAGAGAAUCCUCACACACAGAGGAUUAACAAGCUGGUUGAGUACUACCAGCAGUUGGCUCAGAAAGAGAAGAUCGAGCGGGACCGGAAGAAGUUGGUGCGGCGCCGAAACUACAUGCCUCUGGCCUUCUCGGACAAAUACGGCCUUGGAACCAGACUUCAGCGCCAGAGGCCCGGUGCUCCCAUCAGUGCUCUUGCUGGACUCUCUCUGAAGGAAGGAGAGGAUCAAAAGGAGAUCAAGAUUGAGCCAGCUGAUGCAGUGGAAGAAGUAGAACCCCUUCCCGAGGAUUAUUACACGAGACCAAUCAAUCUGACUGAAGUGACAACACUGCAUCAGCGCUUGCUGCAGCCUGACUUCCAGCCAAUCUGUGCUUCCCAGCUCUACCCACGUCACAAGCACCUCCUGAUCAAACGUUCACUGCGCUGUCGGAAAUGUGAACAUAACCUCAGCAAACCAGAAUUCAACCCAACAUCCAUCAAAUUCAAGAUCCAGAUGGUUGCUGUUAACUACAUCCCUGAAGUGAGAAUCAUGUCUAUUCCCAACCUGCGCUACAUGAAGGAAAGCCAAGUUCUUCUGACUCUGACCAAUCCAGUGGAAAAUAUCACACACGUCACACUGCUGGAGUGUGAAGAAGGAGACCCUGACAAUGUUAACAGCAGUGCCAAGGUGGUAGUUCCUCCCAAGGAGCUUAUUCUGGCUGGCAAAGAUGCUGCAGCAGAAUAUGAUGAGCUGGCAGAGCCUCAGGACUUCCAGGAUGACCCUGACGUUAUUGCCUUCAGAAAAGCCAACAAGGUAGGAGUUUUCAUCAAGGUUACCCCGCAGAAAGAGGAGGGCGACGUGACCGUGAGCUUUAAGAUGAAGCACGAGUUUAAAAACCUUGCUGCUCCAAUCCGGCCCAGUGAGGAAUGCGACCAGGUCUCAGAGGUCAUCUGGCUUACCCACCACGUUGAGCUCAGCCUCGGUCCAGUGCUCCCCUAAAAGCUCCCAGCACUCGUGUCCCCGUGGCUGGCUGCAGGAUGGACUGUCAGUGAAAGAAUUGCACCCUGGUGAAACCUUCUGUGAAAGCUCCUGUGUGAUGUGUGGGUGUGUGCCACGGGCUGCAGCCAGGCCGUCAGGAGGAGGCUGCAUGGGUGAGGGUGCUGUGGUUUGGGAUGAUUUGUUCUCUCUUCUUAUCGUAGUGCCCACUAACUAAAGCUCUGCUUCCCCACACUUCCACAGGCUAGUUUAACUCGCAGCACGUGUUUCAGCACGCAGAUAGAGCUAGCUUUCUCCAGAUUUGUGUUACUGGCUGAAUUUGGCUUUAUCGACAAAAAAGAAACCCUGUUGUUUUUCUUCUUCUUUCAAGUCAGCCCACGAACCUAAUGUUACAUACACAGAAGUGAACUUUUUCCCCACAUGGAGCUAUGCCCUCUUCAAACAAACAUUUUAGGAGGUGGCAGUGUCUGCUGCAUUACUGACAAGUCUGUUGCUGCAGCAUGAUGCUUUCUUUCCUUUGUUUUUUGCUUCCUGUUAGGAUACCUCAAAUAACUGUGGGGCACUCGGAUGUACAACCCUUUCUGUUCUUGUGAAAAAACACUCUGGCACAUGCAGUUUCCUUAGCCAAAGUGGUAAAUCUUUUCACAAAGGAAACGGUCACUUUGUCUUCAGUCCCAGAACAUGAAAUACUGCAGUGCUCAUGGAUCUGACUGGCCACCAACCACACUGUAGGCUCGUCGUUUUGCAAGGUGGAUGUGGUAGUGUGAGUUGUUAGAAACUGGGAAGUCUCAUUGUGCUACAUUUCUUUACUAAGGUGAGAGUGGUCCUGAGAGGCUGCCUGUCAAUCUUCAUAUUAAUAAAUGUGUGUUAAUAGGGAUAGCAGUCAGUACUAAACUUGGAGAAUUGAGAUUAGCUCUAGCAUACAAAAAACUACUGAGGCUGUCCAAGUUCAUACUGUCUUUUUCCAGCUGUGGGAGUGGGGGUAUAAAGGAGGAAAGGCUGUUACACUGUAACUAGCAUACACUGUACCACUGUUCUUAAAAAAAAAAAAAAAAAAGAAAAACAUUAUCUGGGGUGUAAUGUGGCCAUAGCCCAAACUAAAACUUUAAUUAAGAAGAGUGUAUGCAGGAUACCGAAUGCCAGUUCACUGCAGUAGUACAGUGCGAGUGGGUGAGAUUGUUUGUCCUUGGGAGACUUCAAUUUCAUUCCCAGUUCAAUGUUUACUUUCAUUACCUGUUUCUGAUGGAGCUUUGAUGUGCUGGCUUUGGGAGGCGUUUGUGUAUCAGCCAAGGACAGCUUUGUUGCUCACGAUGUUUGUGCUGUGGUUCUGCCACCCCAGAGCUGCAAACUGCUGUGUGGGAGAGAGGGAUAAGGCCAUAUCUCCUGCAAACCAAGCAGCCUGCCUUAGGGAAACCAGCCCUCUGGGCACACUGUGCCUGGAAGGGAAACACGCGCCUUACAGCCCUGCUCCUGCAGCACCUCCCAGAGCAGCAAGUCAGCACGUUUACAAUGCCUAGGUUACACACAGGUGUACAGCAUGAGUUUAAGAAGUGUAGUUUGUAUUUAUUAAUGUAUAGCGCUAGCGUCUGCUGCUGUUUUACCUUCCAGAUAACAAAACACUUAAACCAUGGCCAUCAGUUCUCUCCUUAGCCGCAACACUACUACCUAUGGAAGCAGCUUUUGGGAUGCUGCUGGCUGAUGGAGCUCUCUGGCUGCAGCUCCCGGUCCCAGUGCCACCGCAGGCAUUGGGAUGGGCUUGGGCUGUGCUCUGUGCUCCUGGACAGUGAGGAGCUGCUGGGCUCUGUGCCUGCCGACAGCUGCUGGGGGCGCAGAUCGGUGGCUGUCUGAGCAGUCCGGUGUGCUCGGUGAGAUGUUCCUCUCCUUUAGGUGCUUGUAGGUGAUAGCAAUGCCGUGAGCUGUGUCUGUCCGUCUGUCUGUCCUUGCUCCCGGGUCGCAGGAGUUCUUGCCCAUCGGUGUAACCCGUAAUGACAGGCGACUGUUGCCUUACUGCUUAACUUCACGUAGUAAUCUUCAAUAAAGCGACCUUGGCUCUCA